GUGCAGGAGGCGGUACUUUCACCCUGAGUUUAGAGGACAUUGGAUUACACACCAAAAAGAAGGGAAACAAAAGAUCUGAGUGCCAUGUUGUGGUUAAAGUGAAGUUUGGCCUGCCUCAUCGGCUUCAGUCCUUUUAUUUACAUUCAUCUGGACACUUUUUUAAAUCUCUUCUCUGUGGGAAAAGCCAGUGUCUUCCUAGUUUGCAAUCUCUUCAUAGUUUCUUCCGGGUAAAAGAAGAAUCAAGAUGCCCACCUUCACUGUGGUGCCAGUGGAGGAUGUGGAAGAUGGCAGCAACAGUGGAGCUGCAGCUGGAGGGAACAGACCUAUCAGUUUGGGCAAAAUCUUUUCAGAGGAGCAAGAGGCAGACAAUUCAGAGGAUCCUUUUUCAGAUGACAACCGGAGAGAGUCCUCUGCAUUCAUCAACCCAGACAUGGACACAGAGACAUACUAUGAAGGCAAGAACAUGGCCUUGUUUGAGGAAGAAAUGGACAGUACCCCCAUGGUUUCAUCUUUUCUCAACAAACUGGCUAAUUACACCAACCUAACCCAGGGUGUUCGUGAGCAUGAGGAAGCCGAGGAUGGAGUCAGGAGGGCUGCAGUCAUGGUCCCCCAUAUGGGAACAUUCAUUGGGGUCUACCUGCCCUGCAUGCAGAACAUUCUGGGGGUGAUUCUCUUUCUGCGUCUCACCUGGAUUGUCGGCACAGCAGGAAUUCUCGGAUCUUUCGCCAUUGUCUCCAUGUGCUGCAUCUGCACAUUGCUUACAGCUAUAUCAAUGAGUGCCAUUGCAACAAAUGGAGUUGUCCCAGCUGGUGGCUCAUAUUACAUGAUCUCCAGAUCCUUGGGUCCAGAGUUUGGAGGUGCUGUGGGACUUUGUUUGUACCUGGGAACCACCUUCGCUGGAUCCUUGUACAUUCUUGGAACCAUAGAGAUUCUUUUGCUCUACAUCAUUCCACCAGAAAAAGUGGUCAAAGAAACAACGGCCAACGACAUGCGAAUCUAUGGCACCUGCUGCCUGCUCCUGAUGGCACUGGUUGUGUUUGUAGGGGUGAAGUAUGUAAACAAGCUGGCUCUGGUGUUUCUGUCCUGUGUGGUUCUGUCUAUCAUGGCCACUUAUGCAGGAGCCAUCAAGACGGCCAUCAAACCCUCAAACUUUAGUGUCUGUCUGUUGGGGAAUCGCACUCUGAAGAAUGAAAUGUUUGAAAAGUGCGCAAAAACAGAUGUGGAGCUCUGGAAGCUUUUUUGUGACAGUCCAUAUCCCAACGCAACCUGUGACGAGUACUUCGCCUUAAACAACCUGACCGAGAUCCAGGCCACACCGGGAGUCCUGGGGGAAGUCAUCAAUGACAACUUGUGGGGCAAUUAUGGCCCAGACAACAUGGUGAUAGAGAAGAAAAACCUGUCUUCUGUACCAGCCGAGGCCAACAACGACAAACUUAAGAACUACGUCUUCAACGAUUGGGCCACCUACUUCACUCUGCUGGUGGGAAUAUACUUCCCUUCUGUCACAGGUAUAAUGGCUGGUUCUAACAGGUCAGGUGAUCUCAGAGACGCCCAGAGAUCCAUCCCAAUAGGAACCAUACUGGCUAUUCUCACCACAUCCUUCAUCUAUAUCUCCUUUGUGGUCUUGUUUGGAGCCUGUAUUGAAGGAGUGGUCCUGAGAGAUAAGUUUGGUUUCUCAGUAAAGACGAAACCUGUCAUCAGUAUUCUGGCCUGGCCAUCACCGUGGGUGAUUGUGAUUGGCUCAUUUUUUUCCUGCUGCGGGGCGGGACUGCAAAGCCUUACUGGUGCCCCCCGGCUGUUGCAGGCCAUUGCUCGUGAUGGCAUCAUUCCUUUCUUACAGGUCUUUGGUCAUGGGAAGGCUAAUGGUGAGCCCACCUGGGCUCUGUUGCUGACUGUCGGGAUCUGCGAGAUAGGAAUCCUUAUUGCCUCUCUGGAUCAUGUAGCCCCCAUCCUCUCCAUGUUUUUCCUCAUGUGCUAUCUGUUUGUCAACCUGGCCUGUGCUGUUCAGACUUUGCUCUGCACCCCCAAUUGGAGACCUCGCUUUAAGUUCUAUCACUGGACUCUGUCCUUCUUAGGGAUGAGUCUUUGUCUCUCCCUCAUGUUCAUCUCCUCCUGGAUCUACGCUCUGGUCGUCAUAGUGAUAGCUGGCUGUAUCUACAAAUACAUUGAAUACAAAGGGGCAGUGAAGGAAUGGGGAGAUGGAAUCAGAGGUCUGUCUUUAAAUGCAGCACGCUAUGCUCUCAUCCGGCUAGAGGAGGCACCGCUACACACCAAAAACUGGAGGCCUCAGCUGCUGGUGUUGUGUAAACUGAACUCAGACCUGGAGGUGAAACACCCUCGUCUCCUGUCCUUCACCACGCAGCUCAAAGCGGGGAAGGGGCUGACCAUCGUCUGCUCCGUCCUGGAGGGAACAUACAUGACCCGAGGGGACGAUGCCAAGAAAGGAGAGCAGAACUUGAAAGCAGCCAUGGCUGCGGAGAAGACAAAGGGUUUCUCUCACGUCGUGGUGUCGUCCAGCCUGCGAGAUGGUUUCUCCAUACUCAUUCAGUCAGCUGGACUGGGGGGAAUGAAACACAACGCCGUGCUGAUGGCCUGGCCAACAGGCUGGAAACAGGACCGGGACUCCUCCGCAAGGAGAAACUUUAUAGAAACAGUAAGAGAGACGACUUCGGCACAUCAGGCUCUGCUCGUAGCCAAGAACAUCGACCAUUUCCCUGGUAACCAGGAGCGUCUGAAGGAGGGAACCAUUGAUGUGUGGUGGAUCGUACAUGAUGGCGGGCUGCUCAUGCUUCUGCCUUUCUUACUUAGUCAGCACAAGGUAUGGAGGAAGUGCAAAAUGCGAAUCUUCACUGUCGCACAAAUGGAUGACAACUCCAUUCAGAUGAAGAAAGAUCUCCAGAUGUUUCUCUACCAACUGCGUCUAAAUGCAGUGGUGGAGGUAGUGGAGAUGCAUGACAGUGAUAUCUCAGCUUUCACCUAUGAGAAGACACUGAUGAUGGAGCAGAGAUCUCAAAUGCUCAAACAGAUGCAGCUGUCCCGCACAGAGAGGGAGAGAGAGAUUCAGAGCAUCACGGAUGUAUCGCGUGCCUCCAUAAAGAGGAAGAAGUGUUCGAGUGCCAACGCCCCGCCCCUCUACUCUCAGUGCAUUCCAGAGGAUGAGGCUCAGCUGAUUCACGACCGAAACACAGCAUCUCAUUCUGCAGCGAAUGACAAGGCUGCUGGCGCCACUUCUGAUCGUGUCCACAUGACCUGGACCAAAGACAAACUGCAGAAUGAGAGGAACAAACACAAAGAAAACAUGGCAGUGAAAGACAUGUUCAACAUGAGACCUGAGUGGGAGAAUCUCAACCACUCUAAUGUGCGGAGGAUGCACACAGCCGUGAAACUGAACGAGGUGGUGGUAAAGAAAUCCUGUAACUCAGAGCUCGUCUUGCUGAACAUGCCGGGCCCACCAAAGAACAAGAAAGGGGAUGAGAACUAUAUGGAGUUCCUGGAAGUUUUAAUGGAAGGUCUAGACCGUGUACUGUUGGUUCGUGGAGGAGGUCGGGAGGUCAUUACUAUCUACUCCUAGCACAAAGAGGUUCCUAUUUUUUUGGAUGUGUACUUUAAAGGAACCAUGUCUGGACAAUGCUAAAAGCUGAGGGAGACAAAGGCUUUAAGGUGGGACAGUGACAACAGACUUCUUUAAAGAAGUCCAGUAUUUCCAACCUCCUUAGAUUACAAAAACCUGGAUGACUGACGAAGAGAAGAGUGCCACAUUUGGACAACAAGCGACUCUGCAUACAGCACAGCCUCAGCUUAGUGCAGAGUCUGGAGGUGAAGAGGAUUUACUACAGACAGACCACCAGGAGCUCCAACACUCCAACUCCUUCAGAUGAAAAAACAUGAACUACAGUUUGUUUUUGUUGCCUUUAGUGCAAUCGUUGGUUUCACUGAGACAUGCAGAUAUAGUGGAAACUGUCCUUUUACAAAGAUCACAGCAAUGACUUUUAUAGAAAUACUUUUGCAUUUAGCAAUAACAUUCAAUGAUAUUUCCUUUGUGACCUUUAUUAUUUAUUUCCAUGCCAGUUAUGACACUUCAUUGUAACAAAUGUUUUACUUUGGAAUGAUGAUAUGAGUUGAACAUGUUUUUUAGCCAAUAUUGUGAAAGAAUAUCAAAUGUGGAAUAAUGUGUUGAUGACCAUGAACAAACGUAUCAGUGCUGCUCAUAAUCGAUAGGUUAGACACACUAGGCCAUUACUGUUUUUGUUGCCACAGAUGGGAAUGUGCCAAGCAUGAUGAAGAUGUAAUAGAGUGAAAA